GUAGACCUCUUCAGCUUCGUUUAUCUGUCUCUGUCUCUGUCUCUCUCUUCUUCAUUACGUUUUUUCACGACCCUUUCUUCCCCAUAGAAAAUGUCUUGAGCCACCAGUUGUACUCAAACCAGUGAAGGUUCUUGGAAGCCUUCUGCGUUUGUGCACAGUUCAAGUCCGAGAGACAUCCGGAAGACCAGGUCUUCCUCCUUUUCUUGGGUUGAGCUGGUGCGGAGAAUGGAAGAGCGUUAUGAGCCAUUGAAGGAGCUCGGCUCUGGGAAUUUCGGAGUGGCGAGGUUGGUGAGAGAUAGGAAGACAAAGGAGCUUCUUGCUGUCAAGUCCAUAGAGAGGGGAAGCAAGAUUGAUGAGAAAGUCCAGAGGGAGAUCAUCAACCACAGAUCCUUGAGGCAUCCAAACAUUGUCAGAUUUAAGGAGGUCCUGUUGACCCCUACUCAUUUGGCUAUCGUCAUGGAAUAUGCGGCUGGUGGAGAGCUUUUCGAGAGGAUAUGCGCUGCAGGUCGUUUUAGCGAAGAUGAGGCAAGAUUUUUCUUUCAGCAGCUUAUAUCCGGAGUCAGCUAUUGUCAUACCAUGGAAAUUUGUCAUCGGGACCUUAAACUGGAGAACACUCUACUCGAUGGAAGUCCGAUGCCUCGUCUCAAGAUAUGCGACUUUGGUUACUCAAAGUCCGGUCUGUUGCAUUCUCAACCCAAAUCCACGGUUGGAACGCCGGCGUACAUUGCUCCAGAAGUUCUGUCGAGAAAGAAGUAUGAUGGCAAGAUUGCAGAUGUUUGGUCUUGCGGGGUGACACUAUAUGUGAUGCUGGUUGGAGCAUACCCGUUCGAGGAUCCCGGCGAUCCUAGGAAUUUCCGGAAGACCAUCGACAGAAUAAUGACUGUCCAUUACUCCAUACCAGACUAUGUGCACGUUUCUGCAGAUUGCAGGCACCUGCUUUCUCGCAUAUUUGUCGCCAAUCCUGCCGAGAGGAUCACUCUCCCAGAGACAAAACAGCACCCUUGGUUCCUGAAGAACUUACCAAAGGAGUUGAUCGAAGGCGAGAAAUCGAACUACGAAUCAGAGCGGGACCAACCCGUUCAGAGCGAGGAAGAAAUAAUGCAGAUCAUACAAGAGGCGCGGACGCCGGGGCAAGGACAUACAGCUGCCGGGGCGGGUGCAGCCUCAGAACCCGACCCUGAUGAAGAAGCCGAUCUAGAAUCCGAAAUCGAUGUCAGCGGUGAUUUUUAGCCCCCGCAUGAACAGCCGUAUUGAAUUGAUAGCACAACCUCAAGUAUGUAAAGAACCAAGCCUUAUGCAGCUGCAAAAUAAAAUUAAAAGACGAAGGAAAAAAAAGAGAGAAAGACAUAAGGUAUGCUGUUUCUCAAGAGUGAAUAAACUAAGACACUGUGAAAAAUGGAGUGAAUCUCCAAUCCUUUGCCGGCAAGAACUCUUUUUCAAUAUGACUUCUCUUCCUGUCUUGUGAAAUGUGUUGCUUUCGACUCCA